AUCUCGAUUGUUUUUAUCACAGAGAGGAUUAACAAACAUUGCGCAAACGUCAGUUUAGAUAUCAUUUGUUACGUUUAUUCAACAUAACUCCGUGGAGAAAUAACUGACAGUAAUGGCGGGAUGCUUUUCCUUGUAAUUGAAUGGUUAUGGAAAUAGUGGGCAGCUGCCCAACAAAUAUCCAGGCCUGGCAGCAAUCGGCCCAGAAAUGUGACAAUACCGACCAAUACCACUGUCUGUUCAACGAAUUUUCUCAGACGGUCAGCGGUUGUAUCGACCCAAUAUGGGUUGAAGGAGGGUAUUGCCCAUUGUACAAUUCCAAAGCACUCAAAUUGGACACAGAAAAAUGUCAAGAUGGCUGCCCAAAGGGAAAUUACAGAUCCUUUGAUGUAUAUAAAUAUUCGGGUUGCUAUUCAAACCAACAACCAAGUUCCAGUUCGACAGCUGCUGUGACCAAUGUAACUGAAGCUCCAGGUCCCCUACCACCAGGUGGUUCCUCAUUCAAUGUGGCUGCUGUGGUUGUACCCGUGUUGUUAGUUGUCAUCAUUGCCGCCGUGGUGUUUGCUGUUCUCAUUUACAGACGUUAUAAAGAUGAUCGUACGACCGACAUCAGCAGAAGAAAAAAGAAGGAUUCGAGGAUGCCCAGGAGAAUGCUCUCUUGUUUCCAUUCCGUAUCAAGGAAUGAAUGUAAUGUAGAAAACGCACCACUUAAUCAAGGGGCUGACGGGAAUAGCCGACAAACAGGUAAUGAUAAUUCUGCCAGGACCAAGAGAAAAAAGGACAAUUCGGGGAUACUCAGGAGAAUAUUAUCUUGUACCUGUAAUAUAGAGAACCCACAAGACAAGGAAGAGGUUGAUGUGAAUGCAAACCCAACAGAAAGUGAUCUUGAAGAAGCACACAAGAAGAAAUCGGAAUAUUUGAGUCGUGAAGAAUUUUUGCAGCAUGAGAGCAUCAAUAUUGAAAAUCUCGCUGAGGAUACUACUCUAGUCCUACGAUUGGCAAAAAGUCUGCUAAAAGAUCGCACACUAGCUCUAAUCGGUGAAUGGGGUAGUGGGAAAAGAACGUUGGCUGUACAGAUAGCCCUUCAAGUAGAAAAAAUAGAAAAGAAAACGUUCAAUUUUAAGGUUUUGCAAGAAUUUCAGGAUGAUACACGUAGUAAAAUCGAAGCUAUAGAAUCAACGAAUCCAACCAUCUUGUUUAUACCUGAUCUGUGCAGAUCCUGGCAUACUGAACAUCAUAUGACAGAUAUAAUAAACUGUGUGCGCUCUGGUCUUUCAUCCAAUACUUACAUCAUUGCUACAAUUCGAAAUGCUGUAUACCAAUCAUGUACAGAAUACAUCUGUUCUUCUAUUGAUGACGUAUUUACUCGAAGAAUGCUUAUCACGCCAAGUCACAUAACGUUAAGCAAAAUUCUUGACAAAUAUAAUGUUCAUUUUACAAAUCCUUCUCGAGAUGAUAUAUUAAAACUGAAAUCUGCCAUUGGUACACCUCUUAUAGUGACUUUGUGCGUGAAAAAUCCUGUUUACAAAAGUUGGAACUUUUUAAAUGAUCCGUUAUUAUUCAUCAUAUCUAAAUUGAAGGAAAUGAAAAGCUCCGUUGAUGUGAAUGACCGUCUGAAGUUUGGGAUACUGGUAGAUAUAGUGCAUCAGGGGGGAACUGUAGAAAAAAACACAUUGGAUAAUUGUUCCGACGCUAGUCGUUUUGCUUUCACAGGAAAGAAUCCAAAUAUGUUAACUAUAUAUAACAUACAAGACUGUAUCACAGAGUUGUUGGAUGGUUAUCUUGAAGAAACUGCUGACGGGAAAUCCUACAGAAUAGUGCAUGAAGUCAUCACGAGAUGCAUAUUUCUCGUUGCUACUGAAAUGGAUUUUCCUUCACUCAUUGGCAAAUGUGAUGAUUUUCUUUUGUUUGACUGUAUUCGACAUAAGUCUCUAAUGGAAAAGAUUCGUGCCAAGAAGAAAUUUAUCUUAGAUACUAGGGAAUUGAAGGUCGGAAUUCCUACAGAAUCAUAUCAGGAUCUUGCAAAAGCUUUGAGGCAACGGAAUGAUGAUAUGAUGAGUUUGUUAAGAAAGGUUAAUUGGUUUGAAGAAGAGCACUUUAAGAAAGUGUGGACCAGUGACGAAAGGGUUUAAGAUAUACGACAUACAUGUGUAAUGUACUAUAAUGCAGAAAUGAAUUGUAUAUUUUAUCAUUUGAUUAUGGCCAUCACAAAGAUGCGAUUUCUCCCAGUGUCAAACUGCAAUACAUAACGAAUCAUCAGAAAGAACUGAAACCAUGUCAUGUUUUGUGAUACGUUGUAAAUUAUAAAUGUGUUCUGCAUUAAUGAUACAUGUAAGUAUGUGAUGGAAGAACUAAUUUGUUAGCAUUUUAUAUCAAAACUUAUAUUUCGUAUGUGUGGCAUGUUUAUACAAUUGUUUAUUUUCUAAAAGAGCAGCUUUAGUUAAAUACUGGGAAAGUAAAAUACCUGAUUAUCUAGAUAUUGCAAAAUUUAUUAGAGCUGCAAUCUUCAUCUGUUAACCGUGUAUCAUUAUUAAACUUUUGGGGCAUAUAUUUUGUAUCGUCUAUCCGUUGGUCUGUCCAGGAGUAGCAAAACCUUUUUUAUGAUUAUUACCCUUAAAGCACAUAUAUACAUAGAGGUUAUGAGAUUGAUCGCUGUUCAUUUUAUUCACCUUUCAUGAUAUGUAAGUUAUGUAUUGGCGUACGUGUAAUAGGACUAUUGUAACAAAGACCGUGAAAUAACUUGGGGAAUUUUGUUAUCACAUUUUGUAAUUGCAUUAAGUAAAACACAUGUGUCUCUCGUUGAGCAAAAAAAAAAAAAAGACUACAAGCAUUCUUUGUGCAACUAUAUAGAAAUUCUGCGUAAUUUCUAAUAACAGUAUAAGAAUCAAAUGCAUAACUUAAAGAAAAAGAGAACUUGAAUGCAAUGCGUGCUAUAAAUUGGAAUAAAUGUAUGCAACUUAGUCAUUGAGUUAUGCAUAUGAUCACAAAACAGUUAAAAAUUACGAUUAUUGAAUAACAUCACCUUAUCGGCCUCGGAAAUUAGUUGUAAUAUUUUACUAUUCUGAUUACACAAUUAACCAUUGUUUGCAUGUUGCUUUACACAUCAUUUGAGAAUCUUUUUUGUGUAGAUACGCCAGCAGUUUUACGUUAAGUACCACAAAUUCUAACUUUCCCAGAAUGGGCCCCCAUACCGGUAACCAUGCAGUCAGAGAUAACUUUUUCGUCGCUAAAGUCGACAAACCUCUUCCAAUGAGAGUUGAAAGUUAUUACAUACAAUGAUUUGUGCACAUGUGUGGGAGAAAGUGAGAUUCAAUCAUGAUUCGAUGCUACCGCAAUCACCGGUCGCUAUGUUCAAAAUGUAACUUCCGUUUUAAAAAGCUUGUUCGCAUUAUCAAAUGGAACGAUAGAAAAUUGAAUAAAAUUCAUAAAAUGUAA